UUUCUUUGUUUUUAUUUUUCUUGUAUCCGUGUUUGUGUAUACAAACUAUAUAAAUAUAAAUGAGUGAGACAUAAAUAAUCCAACUAACUCACAAGCAUAAUCCCAACCGAAAACAGCUUCUAGAGAGAGACACACAAAAACAGAGUCUUUAACUAUCUAAAACACAAAAAUGUGUGCACUUGUCCCUCCAUUAUAUCCCAACUUCGGCUGGCCUUGCGGAGAUAAUAGCUUCUAUGAAAACGAAGACGUAACCAACACGUUUCUUGAUUUUCCGUUGCCGGACUUGACGGUGACUCAUCAGAAUGUGUCAUCGGAAAAUAAUAGAAUAUUACUAGACAAUCCCGUGGUGAUGAAGAAACUUAAUCACAACGCGAGCGAGCGUGAGCGUCGCAAGAAGAUCAACGCAAUGUUCUCAUCUCUUCGUUCUUGUCUUCCGGCCACCAAUCAAUCGAAGAAGUUAAGUGUUUCCGCAACAGUUUCACAGGCCUUGAAGUACAUACCAGAGCUGCAAGAGCAAGUUAAAAAUCUCAUAAAGAAGAAAGAAGAGCUGUCGUUUCAAAUUUCGGGUCGAAGAGAUCUCGUUUCUACCGGCCAAAACAGUAAGCCAGAGAAAACGAUCACAAGUUAUGCGUCAACAGUUUCUGCGACAAGGCUCGGCGAGACCGAAGUGAUGGUCCAAAUUUCAUCGUUACAGGCUGAAAAAUGUUCGUUUGGGAAUGUGCUGAGUGGAGUAGAAGAAGAUGGGUUGGUUCUUGUGGAUGCUUCAUCUUCAAGGUCUCAAGGAGAGCGACUCUUUUACUCUUUGCAUCUUCAGAUGGAAAAUGGCCAGGUGAAUUCCGAAGAGUUAGGUGAUAGAUUGUUGUACUUGUUCGAGAAAUGUGGACACUCGUUUACAUGAUUCAAUAAUUCAUUAUUGUAAUUUAUUAUGUUUUUGUCUCUCUUUGAAACUCGAUGUUCUUUAGAAUUAGUAUGAACCUUCUGCCUAAGUAGGAAGUUAUUUUGGCGUAAAGAAACUUUCACCGGCAAAAGUUUUGGUACGAUUUGGAACUUGGAAGGAUAACAACGCGUGAAUGGAUUGUGUGCAACGGUGAAAGAAGGUCUAUUUCACUAUUUGUAUA